AUGGGAUUGCUCCACAGUCCACUCUGCUAUCAGAGAAGUACCAGGAGCAACCCGCAUGGUACACCGCCCCCCGAAGAGGGCCACCUCCCACCGCCCACCGAAGUGGGCAACCUCCCUGUGCGUUUCUUGGCUUCGCGCCCGGUUGGAUUGCCGGGCACUACUGAGCUCCCCCACCACGACAAGGUAGAUGCUCAAAGAGGUGGAAAUGCUCACGUGGACUCUCUACUAAUUUUACUCUCAGGUGAAAAAUCAGGUGCUGGAUCGAGCAUUACGUGCUUUGCGAGAUACACUGCCAACUACCACAAGUACCUAGUGGAACUAGAU